CAUAUGAAUCUUUCUCCCAUGAUACGCCACCUUGUGGAAAACAUGACGGAAGAGCAUUGGAGAAUCGUCCGUGAGGCUCUAUGUGUGCCUAGGACCAGGGAAGAAGUUUGCCAGCUUUGUGCCGGCAUAGUAGUGAAAGUGGUCCGGACGGCUCAUUAUUACCUAAUCCCAGCCCUCGGUGAAGUUCUGGCUGUUCCUGCUGCACAUGUCAUUCUAUAUGGAACGAAAAGGUUUGGCACUUCAGAGGCCAAGAAUGCUGAAGAGUCAUGUCUGGGAGAAGGACCUCAGAGAAUUACCUAUGAAAGGCCCUUGGCAGCUGCCAAGAUGGAAGUAGAUGGGAUUUUGCAGGAGCCUGUCAGGAUAGUCAGUGGUUUGCCGUCAGCUGUGCCUGCGUUAGUGAAGGAACCCAAGUCUGAAGCCUCAGGACUUUCCAGCUCUAUCCCGCUGCUCAACCAGCUGACUGAUGGCGAAUUUCAAAAUAGGGCAACAAAUCGAGUCAGUGAGAUUUUGCUCAGAAAUCUUGAGAACGAUUCCUGCCCUGAAUUACCAGCUGGCAUGUCUGUUGAAGAUCACGAUGAUGAUGAAGAAGAGGAUGAUGAUGAGCCAAAUGCCCGAGUGGAAAAGUGA